AUGCAGUUCGAAAUGAAGCCCGAUAUAUUACUGCCUUUCUCAUUUUACCGUAAGAACCAGCUUUGUGUAUUUCAAGUUGUUGUCGUAAACUGCAAAUUUCCUGCUGUCGUCGGGAUUUCGUCCUCAGACAAUGUUGAGAUCUCUGAUGAGAUGUUAUCCAAGUUCGGUCCAGACUUGCCUCGAAAAUUGACCGUUCAACUACCAACCCGAGUGAUUCCGGCCGAGUCAUUGAGACUACAGAUUAUGACUCCGAUGGACCCAGUUCUUUUGCCUCUUUUGGAAAAUAGUCUGCAUUACAGGUUGCAGAUGUCACACACCAUGGUUGGAACAAAGCAGACUAUUCGAGCGCUUGGAGAUUACUUCAGUUUGCUAAUCGUCGAGGCCAUUUCAGUAUCUGGAGAGGCGUUCUCCAUUCAAAACACUAGGCAAACAAUUCUAAAGGAGGAUUAUGACUUUCAUCCACAUCUCAACGACCUAAGUUUUCCCUCUGAGUCAUUCAACAACAGUAAUAAUCUUUGGUCAUGUGAACUUAUUCAGUCACUCACUGAUCAACCUGUUUUUAAAAUUGGUUCUUCUACCAAGUUGAUCUUGGUCCAAGCUGAAGCUCCACUUAAUUUGUCAUUUGGGUUUGGAGGCUCUGAGAUUUCCAAGUUGAUACCAAAAGGCAAUUACAUGAAUAGUUACUUGUUUGGUUUGGACAUGGUUAGAGAUAUGAUUCUUGGCUAUCUUAGAAACUUCCUAUUAACAUGUGUUCAUGGAAAUGAAACUGUUUUUUCUUCCAAUAUAACGCCUGGGAUUAUCCUUUAUGGACUCCCUGGCUGUGGAAAACGUACAUUUCUUGAGGAUAUUGCCAAUGACCAAAUCCAUUCAAUUUCAACAAAUGGGUCCUCGUAUGAAAAGCCAGUAUUCGUUACACUUACAUCAAAAUUGGUCACCGAGUUAACUAAUAAAUCUCAUCAUCAUGGCUAUCGCUGGCUGACGAACAUGGCUGGGCAAUUAGAUGUCAGUAACAGAAACUGUAUUCCUGUAGUUAUUUUAUGGCCUAACAUCGACAAGUGGAUCGAUAACGAUGAAAAUAUAGAUACUAAUACUCAUUCUACAACUGAUACGGAUGCUGAAUCAAAAAUGAUUCCCAACAUUUUAGAAAGGUUUAUCGAAUCAAUCCAAUCGGUUAGCCAGAGUUUGGUUCACAGUCAAAAGUCAACAUGUCGAUUUUGCAUCCUAGCAACAGCCACUACGAUUGACAAAGUUUUUAGUGUUCAUGAAUGCAGGGAACUAUUUUAUAGACGUUUGUUAAUAUCACUUCCCGAUGCAAGUAAACGUUAUCAGAUAUUGUAUCACAAUAUCCAAGCGUGUUUGAGUCAUGGGACUAAUUCCAUGUCUAGUAGUGAAGCUCCUGACGGUUCCAUUGUGAAUAUUCAGUCGUGCGAGAUAACAGAUGAAAAUGAAAGUCUUAUUCAGGUUGCGGCUCGACUACAUGGUUAUACGCCCAAGGAUUUGGUUCGCUUGGUUCAUGUCAGCUACGCAACCUUCCUAUCCAAACAGAACGACAGUUCAAAGGAUUUCCCCAGAACCAGAAACUUUAAUCAAUCAUUGAAUUUGUUCUGUGAAAUUUUGAUAAAUGAAUCUUAUUCAUAUUUGCCGAUAAAUCUUUCUCAACAUAUAACCUCAGUGGAACCGUUAAGGUGGACUGAUAUUGGUGGAUAUCGUGAACUGAAGCUCAUAUUCAAAACUAUGAUACAGGAUCGUUUGGUUAGUGCUGCCAAACCCAAUAGCUUAGAUGCACAAGCGGACGCUGCUCUGCGUCUUCGUGUACCUCGUGGGAUAUUACUUCAUGGUCCUCCAGGUUGUUCCAAAACUAUGUUUGUGCGAGCUUUGGCUACUGAAUGUCAACUCCCGCUAAUCGCAGUUCAGGCAUCUAGAAUAUUUGGUCGUUAUGUUGGUGACAGUGAACGUAACAUGCGAAGAAUUCUUGUACAUGCUCGUGCUUCUGCUCCUGCUAUUUUAUUUAUUGAUGAAAUUGAUUUGUUGCUUCCUUCCCGAAAUUCAGGAGAAACAAGUGCAAGUGAACAUGUCUUAGGUGAAGUCCUAAUGGCUAUGGACGGAGUUGAAGGUCAAAAUGGACAAGUAAUUCUCGUAGCAGCAACUAACAGAAUGGAUAAUUUAGAUUCUGCAUUAAGUCGCGCUGGUCGUUUUGAUUUAGUCAUUGAAGUAUCACCUCCUGAUGCAGAAGCUCGGACAGAUAUUCUACGUUUAGAAUUAUCAAAACGUGCACUAAAAGAUAAAUCAUUAUUAAAUUCUAAAUGGUUAAAUUUAUUCGCUACAAAUCAAUUGAAUAAUUAUACAGGAGCAGAAGUUGUCCAAGUAGUUCAACAUGCUGCUCAAAUUGCUCGUCAAGAUAGUUCUAAUCAAAUAUCUAAAAAACAUCUUCUACAUGCUCAAAUUCUUUUGCCUCCUCGUUCACUUUCAAAUUAUUUCUCUCAAAGAAAAAUAAUAAACAACCAGGUGACUAUGUCAACCAAUAAUAAUUUGUUACCAAUUCGUCAUAAAAUUUUAAUUUUUCCAGUUUUAAUUCUAUGUAUUGCUAUUACUUUUCAAUUGGUUUAUAUCAACAAUAUAUCUAAAGUUAUAUGA